AAUGAGCUCAGGAAAGCGGAAUAAACAGGAGCAGCUGUCUGGAUGUUGGUCAUAUGAUGCGCCGAUUUUCACUGUCUGCAAAAACUGAGGAAGAGUCGAUUUAUAAGCGCUUUUAUUUUUCACUGUCACUAAAAAGAAGAUCGUUUUAAAAAACAGUCAAGUAUAGUAGGCUAUAGAAGGGGGGUUUUCUUCGUCUGGAAAAACAGGAACAAUGACUGCAGCACUGCUGGAACAGUAUCAAGAGAGAAUCCGGACUGAACUGGACAGAGUCGUGGAUUUUUGGCUAAAAUAUUCCCAUGACAAGGAACACGGUGGUUUUUUUAACUGCCUUGGAAAAGAUGGGAAGGUCUAUGAUGAGCUGAAAUAUGUGUGGUUACAAGGGAGACAGGUCUGGAUGUACAGCAGGCUGUAUCGUACAGUGGAAAGAUUUCACAGACCUGAGAUUCUUGAGGCUGCUAAAUCAGGUGCUGCAUUUCUGCAAAAGUUUGCUCGAGUUCAGGCCUCCAGCGGCCCGGGGAAAUGUGCCUUCUGCCUGACGAGAGAUGGGCGAACAGUGAAGUUUCAAAGGACGAUAUUCAGCGAGUGUUUUUAUGUGAUGGCCAUGGAUGAGCUGUCGAGGAUUACACAAGACAAAGAGAUGCAGGCAGAUGCUGAGAGCAUGAUGGACCGGUUGAUAUUCUGGGUUCAGACUGAUUCGUCAGAUCUUGGUCGUCCUCAACUUCCUGGUGAUCUGCCAAUCAACAGCAUGGCAGUUCCCAUGAUGCUCCUGUGCCUGGUAGAUCAGCUGACAGAGGGUAGAACUGAUGUUGCAGAAAAGUACAAAGACCUGAGCGGAUGGUGUGUGGAACGGAUACUGCAGCACAUACAGAGAGAUGGAAAAGCCAUUUUGGAAAAUGUCACAUUGAAUGGAAAGGAACUUCCUGGCUGUCAAGGGCGGUUGCAGAACCCUGGCCACGCUCUGGAGGCUGGCUGGUUCCUGCUGCAGUACGCGCUGAAAAAAGGAGACGUGCAGCUGCAGAAGACAGCAGUGGAUAAAUUCAUGGAGAUCCCCUUCCACACCGGAUGGGACAAACAACAUGGCGGCCUUUUCUACUUCCUGGAUGUAGACGGUCAUUGUCCGACUCAGUUAGAGUGGAAUAUGAAGUUGUGGUGGCCUCACUGUGAAGCUCUGAUUGCUUACCUGAUGGCUUACAGUCACAGCAGAGAGCCUGUGCUACUGGAUCGGUUCAAGCAGAUCUACGACUACACCUUCACACAUUUUGCUGAUGAGGAACAUGGCGAAUGGUUUGGAUAUCUGAGUCGUCAGGGAGAACUUGUGCUGGAUUUCAAAGGAGGACCCUUCAAAGGGUUCUUCCAUGUUCCUCGCUGUCUCUACACAUGUGAGAAGCUUCUGGACGGUCUUCUUGAAAGGCAGGAUUCUUGAACUUGCAGACAUUUUGCACUCCCAGAUAUGACUGGAAAGUGUAACUGACAUUUCUCGUAACUGAUCAGGUUGCAUAAAAAUGCAAUUAUAAAAUUUUAAUCAUACAGUUUUAACUAUUCUAAUUGGGUCUUUAUUACAGUAUUACUGUUACGUUUAUAUUAUGGGUUCACAUUCAUCAUUUUAUUAAUUUUUAAGCCAUUCAUCCAACAUUUAAAUGAAAGGGACCACAGUUUUGUUUUUAUUCAGCUAUGCGAGUUUAUAAACAUGUUCUUAAACUUGAAAUCACUCCUCUGAUGAUGACUGUGCUGCUCUUUUGAGCGCCUCUUUUGGUCCAUCCUCUUUUAUAAUUUUGCAUACAUUAUAAAACACACAGACUUUCCAAAUGUGCUGAAUAAAUGUUGACAUGUCUACUUAAGUUAUCUUUGUUUUGGCUUACCUUACUGUGAUACUUUUGUCCUUUAGCUGAUUCUUUUGUAAAUCUCACUAUGUGACGGCUGUUUCAUGUCGUGCUCGCGGCUAACAGAGGACCUCUGAAACUCAAAAACAUACUACUUGAAAAUAAACUCAGUUUAAAACUUCAGAUAAGCUACGAGUUUAUAAUAACUGGUUAAAAGUCAUGAAACAGAUUCCUAAAACAAGUCUAAACUUUUAUUUUCUAACAAGAGUGAAAAGAAAAAAAGGCAACAUUGAAAUGAAAAUGUUUAUACACAAACUCACGACAAUGCGUGUCUGCAAUACCAAUAAUAAUAAUAAUAAUAAUAGAAUAAUAAUAAUAGAAUUAUUAGAACCCCAGCGACAAAAGAUGGAGAUAAAGGGAGUUAAAGUGAGAUUUUGUACAGUUCUGUGGAGAGGGGGUAGAGAGCAGGUAGCAUAAAAGAGACACUGAAAGGAAAUGACAAUGAAGACAGCAAAACUCAGAGGAAGUGGAAAAGAGAGAAAGGACUAUGCAGUUACCUAUCUUAGGAAAGUAGCACCAGAACGUAAAUGCCUUUGCUUUUCCGUCACUUUCAAAAUAUUACACUAGUUUAUUCACAAUGUUGAAUCUCCCUGACAAAAUGUGAGACCCGGUACAAAAAGAAUACGAGUGUCAUUGUAGCAACGCCGCUAAACGCCCCUUCUGCCCAUCAUAGAGUGUGUCUGUGUGUGAAUACCUGGACAAGUCGUUUUAUGCAGCACACGGCAUUUGCGUUAAGAACAGUUUGGUACAUCUAUAUUGUAAAGACAGACAGCUUAACUGCAGGGCAAAUCUCAUUUUAUCCCUCCCCUAAGAGAACAGAGAUCUGCAGCCUGUGCCAGUGCACCGUUCAGGAUGAGGGGUGAGAACAGAGGCAAAGGGGAAGGAAAACAGGAAAAAGUGCAGUGGUUAGUAUGGUGGGGAGCGUCCACUUGAUGGGUUGAAAAAAAUUAUUGUGAGCUUAUUAUGUGGGGAAAUGAGCCUGAGGCCUGCGUUUUUCUGUCUCUGUGGUUCUCCUCUCGUUCACAUCGUCCGCCCCUCCACAGCUUCAGGAAAUCAUCAUAAGAUCUGCAAGAGAAGAGUAGGGUUGGGUAUUGUUUGAAUUUUAU